CGAGUAGAAACUCAAAUCGUCACUCUGGCCCCGCCUCCUCGAGAAAGUAUAAAUAACACCCGCUCUCCGCCGUCUCCCCUCAGUACUGCCUUCAGCAACCGAUUCUUCAACGUCGGCAAGAAGGAGAAAAACAGUCAGAAAAUGCGUGAGUGUAUUUCAAUGCAUGUCGGCCAGGCCGGCGUCCAGAUGGGCAAUGCCUGCUGGGAGCUUUACUGCCUGGAGCAUGGAAUCCAGCCGGACGGUCAGAUGCCCAGCGGCAAGACCAUGGGAGGGGGAGACGACUCCUUCAACACCUUCUUCAGUGAGACUGGAGCCGGCAAACACGUUCCCAGGGCCAUCUUUGUGGACUUGGAGCCAACGGUCAUAGAUGAAGUACGAACUGGAACCUACCGCCAGCUUUUCCACCCCGAGCAGCUGAUCACCGGUAAGGAGGACGCAGCCAACAACUACGCCCGCGGUCACUACACAGUCGGCAAAGAGAUCAUCGACCUCGUUCUCGACAGGACACGCAAGCUGGCUGACCAGUGCACAGGGCUCCAAGGAUUCCUCAUCUUCCACUCCUUCGGAGGAGGAACCGGCUCUGGCUUCACCUCUCUGCUGAUGGAGCGUCUCUCUGUCGACUACGGCAAAAAGUCCAAACUGGAGUUUGCUGUUUACCCCGCCCCCCAGGUGUCCACGGCCGUGGUGGAGCCCUACAACUCCAUCCUGACCACCCACACCACCCUGGAGCACUCUGACUGCGCCUUCAUGGUGGACAACGAGGCCAUCUAUGACAUCUGCCGCAGGAACCUGGACAUCGAGCGUCCCUCCUACACCAACCUCAACAGGCUGAUUGGACAGAUCGUCUCCUCCAUCACAGCCUCCCUGCGCUUCGACGGCGCCUUGAACGUGGACCUGACGGAGUUCCAGACCAACCUGGUGCCCUACCCACGUAUCCACUUCCCACUGGCAACCUACGCCCCAGUUAUCUCAGCAGAGAAGGCCUAUCACGAGCAGUUAUCAGUGGCUGAUAUCACCAACGCCUGCUUCGAGCCAGCCAAUCAGAUGGUGAAAUGCGACCCUCGCCACGGCAAGUACAUGGCCUGCUGUCUCCUGUACCGUGGCGAUGUGGUGCCCAAAGAUGUCAACUCCGCCAUCGCCACCAUCAAAACGAAACGCAGCAUCCAGUUUGUGGACUGGUGUCCCACUGGCUUCAAGGUGGGCAUCAACUACCAGCCUCCCACUGUGGUUCCCGGAGGAGACCUGGCCAAGGUGCAGAGGGCCGUGUGCAUGCUGAGCAACACCACCGCCAUCGCAGAGGCCUGGGCUCGACUCGACCACAAGUUUGACCUCAUGUACGCCAAGAGGGCCUUCGUCCACUGGUACGUGGGAGAGGGGAUGGAAGAGGGAGAGUUCUCAGAGGCCAGAGAGGACAUGGCUGCACUGGAGAAGGAUUACGAAGAGGUGGGAACCGACAGCGUUGGCGAGGAGGAUGAAGGCGAGGAGUACUAGGUCACAGAGCGAUCUGUAGCUCGCUCCCAUCGCAGUCCAUCUGUCCCAGGAAGUGAAGCCGAACACCAAAAAGUGUUUCGUUGCCAAGAAAUAUUGGACUCAUUCCUUUUUAAUUCUGCACAUUCCAGUGAGCUACGUGAGUUUCAUGCCCCAGCGUUAAUAAUGCAAACUAAUAAAAGACAUUAAGUCACUA